AUAACGCACAUUGCGGUAUCAGCUGUUUCCCCCCAUAGCUUUGUUGAGUCCAUGAAGAUCAGAGUUUUAACCAUUUUACUGCAUUAUUCUGAAGCGAUUGCCCCAAAUGAGCAAAGCAAAUAAGAACAAGAAUCCCAAGAGGGCCAGUCUGAAGAAGCAACCUUGGCACAAGCGCGGAUCAACCUCUGCAAUGGCCUCAAAUAUCUUGUUGCAGCUGGCGGCCGUGGAUCCCCAAAAGGACGCUUUUCCUAAUCACACGAUCGCAGCACAAGAAACCUCCACCUCAAACACGAAAAUGUCCACGCAAGCCGUAAGGCGCAAGGGCUUCAAAAAGGUUCGAGGCCCUAAGCCAAAGAACGCACCGAAAAGACUAAAGCGCAAUGCAAUGCAGAAGAGGGCACUUAAUCGAGAAAUUGUAUCCAAGUUCCUAAGCUCUAUUAAAAAAAAGUAUGCAGUGCAUAAAAAUCGUCACAUCAAGCGCAGGUUGGACUUCCGCAGUAAGGAAUCGCCAGCAAAGAAAAACGACCUGCCCAAGCCGAAGUUCUACAAUCUGAAGAAGAAUGACAGUGAAGACGAAGGAGAAAUCGUCACAGAGUUGGACAGCAGCGAUGAUGACGACUGCGUGUUGCUGGAUACUCCGAACGAAUCCAUUAGCAUUCUAUAUGACGAGGAUGAUGAGCCCAGCACCAGUGACCAGCUACUAAAACAGAUAGUUAUAGAUUGCAAUGGCGAGGCCGCUUUGCGUAUAACGCCGAAAACGGAAAACCCAGUUUUGUACUCCACUAUCGAAAAACAGAAUUCUUCAGAUUCCAUCAUCAACUUAGACGAUACCUUCGAAGCAGUCCCAAGUCUAAUUGUUGACAGCAAUGACUCUGUUAUAUUAAUUGAAGACACUUCCGGAGAAGAUUUCAUCCCGAUCCCAUCGUACUCGCAGCAAUUGCGGGCAGGAAAGAAGCAGAGAAGUGCUAGGCUUGCGAAAACGCCCAAUAGGAAGACUGCGCGAAUUAAUGACAGCUUCUUCACCACUGAAGAAAAGAAGAAGCUCGGAGACUAUAACACCAACACAUUUAAUCCCACCGAGGAAGCAGGAGAGACGAGUAAUAAGCCGAAAACGAAUAAGAGAUUUAUUAUCAUCGAUGGUAGCAAUGUCGCCUUUGCCCAUGGGAACUCAAACAUAUUUUCAUCGGAGGGAAUAAAGUAUUGCUUGCAGUAUUUCGAGAAAAUGGGUCACCAAGCUAAGGCUGUGAUUCCAAUGUUCAGGAAAAACAACUUCAAGUCUUCGAAUCCCGAGCUUCUCGAUAAGCUGCACAAGGAAGGCAAGAUUGUGUUUACGCCGUGCAAAAACAUUCCCGGUCAAAUGACGUCUAGCUACGAUGAUCGUUUCAUUUUGCAGCUGGCAUACGAAAAGAAUGCUGCCGUGGUUUCCAACGACAACUACAGAGACCUGAUUAAUGAAAAUCCUGCAUUUAAAUUGAUUGUUGAGAAUCGAGUCCUUGGUUACUCCUGGUGCGACAACAUAUUCAUUUUACCCAAGGAUCCUUACGGCCGCUGGGGACCUACGCUCGACGAAAUUUUGAGGUGCUAAUGCACUAACCAUAUAUUUGUUUUCAAAUUAUUCUAUAGUUUCGUGUUAUUUCUUAAGUUAGAAGUUUUCGUUUAGUUUGGUUGCGGAUUUGGUUCUUGAUAUUAUUUUCAAUACUCAAGACUUAUUACGCAUCGUUUACUCAUUUUAUUUGCAUAUCAUAGUUUUCGACCAGAAAAGUGUUUUCAUAUGCAUACUACUUUAAAAAUCCUGCAAAGUUACGAAAUUCAUCAUUUACAUAUGCUAAGCUAGGAUAGUUUUCGACUAGAAAACUUUAAUAAUAUGCACAAUACGUUUGUUUAUUUAUUUA